AUGAAGAAAGCUCAGCUUGUUUUCAUCCCUGCACCAGGAAUAGGCCACCUUCCUCCCCUUAUGGAGUUCGCAAAGCGCCUGUUACUUCGUGAUGAUCGUUUCUCCGUCACUGUGCUUCUCAUGGAUUCUCCGUUUGGCGGCUCUCUUUCCGUUGCAUACACCGAAUCACUUGCAGAAUCCAAUACUCCUAUAAGCUUCAUCAAUCUUCCUCCUCCUCAAGGCCUCUCUUCUUUUCAACCCGAGGUUCACAAAUUUGUCGAACAGUUUGUAAAAGAUUUUGUAGAUGCUCAUAAAGAUUCUGUUAAAGAAGACAUUGUGAAGAAUGUUCUUUCAAAUUCAAACGCAGCUCCACUUGCCGGUGCAGCUCAUCUUGGCCUUAUUUUAAGCCUUCCGGGUAGAAAUGAUAGGAUCGGCAAAGAAUUUGAUGAAUCUGAUGAUGAAUUUGUGUUCCAUACUUUUGUCAAUCCAUUACCGAGGAGAGUUUUGCCUUUAUCAACGUUCGAUUAUAAAAACGGCGGAUUCAAUGCUGUAAUGGUGAACCUUGGAAGAAUAUUUAUGCAGACUAAAGGUAUUAUUGUUAACACAUUUGAGCAGCUGGAAUCUCAUGCGAUUAAGAGUUUGAUGAAUGAUUUUGAUCAUGCGCCACCGCUUUAUGUAGUUGGGCCGUUGAUUGAUCUCAAGGGCGAGAGUAAUUUGUUAUUUUGGUAUGAGGCUCAAAAGGGUAAUGAGAUAAUGAAGUGGCUUGAUGAUCAACCUGAUUCAUCGAUUGUGUUUUUGUGCUUCGGAAGCAUGGGGAGUUUUGGUGAAGAACAAGUGAAGGAAAUCGCAUGUGGUUUGGAAAAAAGUGAGAUAAGAUUCUUGUGGUCUUUACGAAAGCCACCACCAAAGGAUAAAUUUGGUGAGCCUAGUGAUUACAGUAGUCGUGAUCUCCAGGAGGUGUUGCCAAACGGGUUUUUGGAGAGAACGAAGGAGAGGGGAAUGAUAUGCGGAUGGGUGCCGCAAAAGGCGGUUUUGGCUCAUAAAUCAGUUGGAGGGUUUGUGUCACAUUGCGGUUGGAAUUCAAUCUUGGAGAGCUUGUGGUUUGGUGUUCCAAUUGUGACAUGGCCAAUGUAUGCUGAGCAACAGAUUAAUGCAUUCCAUAUGAUGAAAGAUUUGGGACUGGCCGUGGAGUUGAAAUUGGAUUAUGCAAACACUAGAGAAGUUGUGUUAAGGGAUGAGAAAGAAAGGGCUAUAAAAUGUGUGAUGGAUAGUGAUAAUGAUGUGUGGAAGAAGGUGAAGGAGAAGAGUGAAAAGAGCAAAUUAGCAGUGAUAGAGGGCGGAUGUUCAUUUGGUGCAUAUGGACAAUUGAUUGAGGAUUUAUUAAUAAACAUGUAA